GUUCACCAUGAUCAUUGUCCGCAUAGCAGCAGGAACCCACACGCAUAUGGUGCAGAAGGUCCUCCGAGCUUCUGCUCCCCUCUUCUUCGAUGUCGUCCCGGCGGGGCGCAUCCUGAAUCGCUUCUCGAGAGAUCUGGAUGCCAUGGACUCUCAGCUACCAGACUACAUGGCGGAGUUCCUCACGAGCUUGUCUUAUGUCAUCGCCAGCGCAGCAGUCUGCGUGACUGUGUCUCCCUUUGCUCUUCUGGGCCUGGCGCCGCUGUGCAUCAUGUUUGUGUACGUACGGAGGUACUACACAUCGAGCGCACGAGAACUGAAGCGAUUGGAAUCCGUGUCAAGGAGCCCGCUCUACGUGGACUUCCAAGAGCUUCUUACUGGCUUGGUCCACCUCCGCGCCUUCGGAUUGGAGAAAAGUGCCCUGCGAAAUUUCGAAGCGAAGGUGGAUGAGAACAACAGGAUGUUCUUCCACCUGCACUCGCUGGUGCCUUUCAAUGUCCUGCGGAUGAACGGCUUAGCCGCCCUUUUCGUGUCCGUGAUGGCAGCUGUGGUUGUGGUGUUGGGAAACCGCCUCGAGACUUCAUUGAUUGGCCUCGGUCUCUCUGCCGCCGCGGGGCUCAUCGGUCGACUGCACCAGACUAUCCGGUUUUCUGCAGAAGUCGAGAACAACUUCACCUCCGUAGAGCGCUUGCAGCAUUUCAACAAGGUCCCCCAAGAGGUGGAGACUUCCGAUGCACCUCUACCUGCUGCAUCCUGGCCGAGUAAAGGCGAGGUCGUCUUCGAGGAUGUGAAGCUCAGCUACCGGCCUCACCUCCCCCUUGUCUUGGAUGGUGUGUCUUUCCGAGUCCUUGCCGGACAGCGGGCAGGCAUCGUUGGGCGGACAGGCUCCGGCAAAUCCACUUGCAUGGGCGCGCUUCUACGCCUUGUGGAGCUCGCAG